AAUCAAUAAAAGAAACAGAAAUCUAGAGAAACUCGUCGGUUGGAUUGGAUAUAUUUGGGUGGUUUAGUCUCUAGUCUGUGCUCCCAUGACGACAGAGCAUAUGAAAAAAGGAAAAUGAAAAGAAAAAACAAAGAAUGGAAAGUUUCCCUGUUUCCAUACGGAUUGGCUUUGGCCCCUGGUUUUGCCAUUUCCCUCGACACAGUUCUUCCCCCAUUACCAUGUUCUGCAUCGCCUGCCGUUUCUUCCUUUAUAUUCCUCUUCCACCGCCAUUUCCAACUUGGAGAUAUCCAUUUUUCCUAUCAUCCUAUUCCUACCACCUCCCCUUUUCUCGAUUCCAGAGUCACACAAGCUUUUUCCAACUCCAAAGCUGCGGUAUUUUUUUACAUUUUCCGCUCUCCUGGGUUUCUCGUUCUCAAUCUGAGAUUUGGGUUUGUUGGGGAGAAGGAGAAAGUUACCGUCUUUAUUAAUUUUGGCUGGGAACUGCCAUGACGAUUGAAGCUGUGGCAGAGGCGAGAAGCGACCCAAUGGCUAGGCAAGUGAAGAGGGCUGGAUAUGCAGGGCGGAGCGUUGUAGAGAGAAAGAGAGGUUAUAAGAAGAAGGUUAAGAGGUCAUCAUCACCACCUCAACCCUCUUCAGCUUCAAUGGCGCUCCAGAAUCUCUUCCAGUCUUGUAAAGAUGUGUUCAAAGGUCCUGGCACCAUUCCUCUGCCUCCUGAUGUCGAUAGACUGUGCCACAUACUUGACAAUAUGCAGCCAGAGGAUGUUGGCCUAAGCAGCAAGUUGCAGUACUUUAACCCUAAUAAUAAUAAUGCUCUAGUAGUCCAAGGCACUGUUAAUCAUCCUAGAGUCAGCUACACCACAAUUUACCAAUCCACCAACUUCUCUGUGAGUUACCUUUAUCUUCUUACUACUGCUUAUAUACAUUCACUACUUGCAUGAAUUUGCCUCGGUCUUACUUAUCGAAUAUACGAUUGCUUGCGAUGCAGUUGUACAUUUUCUUUCUCCCUGCUGGUGGUGUGAUCCCUCUCCACAACCAUCCUGGAAUGACGGUAUUCAGCAAACUCUUGCUAGGAGAGGUCCACAUCAAAUCCUACGACUUAGUUGACUGCCAGCAGGCUUCGAGUUCUAAACCCGUGCAAGCAGUGAGGCUGGCCAGGUUGGUAGCCGAUAAGGUCUACGAAGCUCCAUGCGACACAUCGGUACUGUAUCCAACGACAGGAGGCAACAUUCACCAGUUCAAGGCAGUUACUCCGUGCGCAAUCCUUGACGUGCUGGGUCCUCCUUAUUCGAGGGAAGAUGGGCGCGACUGCUCAUACUACCGGGAUUUUCCUUACCAAGACUUCUCGAGGAAUUGUGAAGGGGAAGAGGGAACACUGAUGGCAGAAGAGGAAGGGCGAGAGUAUGGAUGGUUGGAAGAGGUUGAAAUGCCUGAGGAAUCACAAAUGGACGGGAUUGAGUAUCUAGGUCCACAGGUUGUUGAGAAUGGAACCUGCUUCUGCUGAUUGAAUUGCCUGAAAUGGAGAUAAAGCUCCUCUUUUUGUUGGUCAUGUUGAGGGGUCGUCAUUUUUCUGUUUCUCCUGCAUGGUCCUUUCGCAAGCUAGUUAGAUUUUGUUGAUAGAGAGAGGGAGGGAGAGGAACAAAAUAGAGUUACUUUUUUUUUCUUCUGGUUUUGGUGUGUACAGUUUUCAGGGCUGGUCCUAGAGAAAGAGAGGCAAAACAUGAGUCAUUCAUGUCCUGCAGUGUAAAUCUGACCACGACUUGAGGUAUCAGUUUGUAGCCUUAUUUCCCGAAGAGUUUGAGUAUGGUAUCUGCAAGAGUAG